AUGCGGCCCGGUGAGAGCUUGGUCGGCUCAUCACGAACAUGCGUUAGCGCCAGUCGGAGUAUGAAGAGGGACCCUGCGAGCAGCGACUACUGGGGCAUGACGGAGCACCGGGGGACGGCGACGACGGUGCUGCGCGGUUUUCUGUGGAGUCUCGUCCUGUGCUGUCUGUCUACUCCUUCUCAAGGUUUUAUCUACACUUGUGGUGGGACCAUGAAAGGCCGAAAUGGCAGUAUAGAGUCUCCGGGUUUCCCUUACGGCUAUCCCAACGGAGCCAACUGCACCUGGGUCAUCGUGGGGGAGCACGGCAGCAGGAUCCAGCUCGUGUUCCUGUCAUUCGCCAUAGAAGAAGAGUACGACUUCCUGUCUCUCUAUGACGGCCAUCCACAUCCAGCAAACUUCAGAACCAGGCUGACUGGGUUCCAGGUUCCCACGCCGGUCACGAGUACAGGGAACGUCUUCUCUCUCAGACUGACCAGUGACUUCGCCGUCUCUGCACACGGCUUCAAACUCAACUAUGAAGAACUCCAGAGCUCUUCGUGUGGUAACCCCGGGGUGCCACCCAAAGCCGUGCUGAGCGGUGGUGGGAAGUUUGCGGUGGGUGAUCGUGUCCACUACAGCUGCGUGCCAGGUUAUGUUCUAGACGGGCACGCAACGCUAACGUGCAUCACAAACGCUGGCAACACGGCGGUGUGGGACUUCCCCGCCCCCAUCUGUCGAGCUGAGGACACAUGUGGGGGCACUGUGGGGGGCGGCAGUGGGGUGGUGACCAGUCCCGGUUACCCCAACAACUAUGGUAAUCAGGCCGACUGUACUUGGAUCCUAUUGGCCGAGCCUGGAGACACCAUCUCUGUCAUCUUUACAGACUUCCAGACUGAGGAGAAGUACGACUACCUGGAGGUAGAGGGCUCUGAGCCACCAACCAUCUGGUUGUCAGGCAGUAAUAUCCCAUCACCUAUUGUGAGCAACAAGAACUGGCUCCGACUGCAUUUUGUCACCGACGGCAACCACCGUUACCGUGGAUUCAGCGCGCACUAUCAAGUAAACGAAGGAGGUGUGAGGCAAGCUUCAAACUCCUGUCCCGAUCCAGGGGAGCCAGAGAACGGGAAGAGGCACGGCAGUGACUUCAGCAUUGGGAGCGAGGUGCACUUCACCUGUGGAGAGGACUACGUUCUUCAGGGCAGUAAAACCAUCAGCUGUCAGAGAGUGGCUGAAGUGUUCGCCGCCUGGAGCGACCACAGACCCGUGUGCAAAGUGAAAACCUGUGGCAGUAAUCUCCAAGGACCCUCAGGAAGCUUUACAUCCCCAAACUUCCCGAUCCAGUACGAGAGCAAUGCCCAGUGUGUUUGGAUCAUCACUGCUUCAAAUCCUAAUAAGGUAAUUCAGAUCAACUUUGAAGAAUUUGACCUGGAGAUCGCCUAUGACACUCUCACUAUUGGAGACGGAGGUGAAGUCGGAGAUCCCACCACCAUUUUACAAGUUCUUUCAGGAAGUUUUGUUCCCGACUUGAUUGUGAGCAUGACCCAUCAAAUGUGGCUCCAUCUACAAACAGACGAGAGUGUGGGGUCGAUAGGAUUCAAGAUCAACUACAAAGAAAUCGACAAAGAGAGCUGCGGGGACCCUGGCACGCCCCUCUACGGCAUAAGAGAGGGGGACAGCUUCUCAAAUGGGGGCAUCCUCAGGUUUGAAUGCCAGUUUGGGUUCGAGUUAAUUGGAGAGAAGACCAUUUCUUGCCAGGACAACAACCAGUGGUCUGCCAAUAUACCUAUAUGCAUAUUCCCAUGCAUGUCCAACUUCACUGCGCCUUCGGGAACGGUGCUCUCGCCCGAUUACCCAGAAGGCUAUGGGAACAACAUGAACUGCGUUUGGCUCAUCCAGUCCGAACCGGGCUCCAGGAUCCACUUGGCUUUUAACGACUUUGAUCUGGAGGCUCCUUACGAUGCUUUGACGGUGAAAGAUGGAGAGACCAAUGAUGCCAAUGUGAUAGGGAGGUUUUCAGGAGCGGAGAGCCCGUCCCAUCUCACGUCCAACACGCACACGCUAAGGCUGGAGUUUCAGGCCGACCACUCCAUGUCUGGGAGAGGGUUCAACAUCACUUACACCACGUUUGGCCAUAAUGAGUGCCCCGAUCCCGGCAUUCCCAUCAACGCCCGUCGCUUCGGAGACAGCUUCCAGCUCGGCAGCUCCAUCUCAGUGGUGUGUGAGGACGGAUUUAUCAAAACGCAAGGGAGCGAGACCAUCUCCUGUCAGCUGGAGAAAGGCAAAGUCAUGUGGAGUGGGCCCAUUCCUAAAUGUGAAGCUCCAUGUGGCGGGCAUUACUCGGCCCCUAAUGGCGUGAUCCUGUCUCCUGGUUGGCCUGGUUACUAUAAAGACUCCCUCAACUGCGAGUGGGUCAUUGAAACUGAACCAGGGCGUUCAAUCAAAAUCACGUUUGACAGGUUUCAAACUGAACUCGGAUAUGAUUUCCUGGAGAUCCACGACGGGCCCAACCUGCUGUCUCCUCUGGUCGGCUCGUUCAAUGGCACCCAGGUCCCUCAGUUUCUGUUCAGCAGCAGCAACUUCCUCUAUCUGCUCUUCACCACUGAUAACAGCCGAUCAAACGCAGGCUUCAAAAUACUAUAUGAAAGUGUUACGGUGGACAGUUACUCCUGCUUGGACCCUGGUAUCCCUGUCAAUGGCAUCAGAUAUGGACAGGACUUCUCCAUUGGCUCCACUGUGUCAUUUGGGUGUGAUUCUGGGUACAGGCUCAGCCAUGAAGAGCCGCUGGUCUGUGAGAAGAAUCACUGGUGGAGCCACCCUCUGCCCACCUGUGACGCUCUGUGCGGAGGAGAUGUUCGUGGGCCCUGGGGAACCAUUCUGAGUCCUGGAUAUCCCGAUAGUUACCCCUCGUCUCUCAACUGCACCUGGACUGUGGAAGUCAGCCACGGCAAAGGAGUCCAGUUUCAGUUCAACUCCUUUCACCUGGAGGACCAACAUGACUACCUGCUGCUGACGGAAAACGGGAGCUUCGUGCAGCCGCUGGCCCGUCUCACCGGAAAUGAGUUACCUAGCAACAUUAACGCCGGUCUCUAUGGCAACUUCAAAGCCCAGCUCCGUUUCAUCUCUGACUUCUCCAUUUCCUAUGAGGGCUUCAACAUAACUUUCUCUGAAUACACUUUGGAGCCAUGUGAAGAUCCCGGGAUGCCGCGGUUUGGACGGAGGAAUGGCUACAGUUUUGGAGUUGGUGACACAUUGACGUUUUCUUGCAAUGUGGGAUAUCGCUUAGAGGGGGCGCCGGAGCUAGUGUGUCUGGGAGGAGGGCGGAGAAUGUGGAGUGCUCCCCUGCCCAGAUGUGUUGCUGAGUGUGGCUCCUCUGUCAUCAACAAUGAAGGGAUUCUUCUGUCUCCAAACUACCCUAUGAACUAUGACAAUAACCAUGAGUGCAUCUACAGUAUACAGGUGCAGGCUGGCAAAGGCAUCAACAUUUCAGCGCGCACCUUUCAUCUGGCCCAGGGGGACAUACUCAAGGUGCAUGAUGGGAAAGACAACACGGCCCAUGUGCUCGGAGCUUUUACCGGGACGUCCAUGCUGGGGCUGACCCUCAUCUCCACUUCGAAUCAUCUUUGGCUGGAGUUUUUUAGCGAUGGGGAAAGUUUUGAGUUAUCUCAUUGUGAAGACCCAGGGGUGCCUCAGUUUGGCUUCAAGGUCAACGACCAAGGGCACUUCUCGGGCAGCAGCAUCACAUACAGAUGCGAGCCCGGCUACACCCUGCACGGAGCCACCACUCUCAAGUGUAUGACGGGCGAGCGCAGGGCCUGGGAUAAUCCUCUGCCUUCCUGUAUUGCUGAGUGCGGUGGACGUUUCAAAGGCGAGUCUUCGGGCCGGAUUCUGUCUCCUGGAUACCCCUUUCCCUAUGACAAUAAUCUGCGCUGCACCUGGACUAUUGAAGUGGACUCUGGAAAUAUUGUGAGCCUACAGUUUCUGUCUUUCGACACCGAGGCCAGUCACGACAUGCUGAAGGUCUGGGAUGGGCCACCAGAGAAUGAGAUGUCUUUGGCCGAGUUGAGUGGCUCUCUGCUACCCGAGGGAAUCCACUCGACUCUCAACACGGUCACGGUUCAGUUCGAGACCGAUUUCUACAUCAGCAAGUCCGGAUUCGCUAUUCAGUUUUCGAGCUCGGUGGCCACAGCCUGCAGGGACCCUGGUGUCCCCAUGAACGGCAGCAGGAGCGGAGAUGGGCGUGAGCCGGGGGAUUCUGUGUCCUUUCAGUGUGACCCAGGAUACGAGCUCCAGGGGGACGACAAAAUCACCUGCAUACAAGUGGAUAAUAGAUACUACUGGCAGCCGAGUCCUCCGGUCUGCAUAGCUCCCUGUGGAGGAAACCUAACGGGCUCCAAUGGAUUUAUCCUGUCUCCGAACUACCCACACCCAUAUCCCCAUUCCAAGGACUGCGACUGGCUCAUAGCUGUCAACUCCGACUACGUCCUUUCUCUUGCUUUCAUUAGUUUCAACAUUGAGCCAAACUAUGACUUCCUGUACAUCUACGACGGCCCGGACAGCAACAGCCCUCUGAUCGGGAGCUUUCAGGACAGCAAACUCCCCGAGCGCAUCGAGAGCAGCUCCAACACGAUGCACUUAGCGUUCCGAAGUGAUGGGUCUGUGUCCUACACCGGCUUCCACCUGGAAUACAAGGCCAAACUGAGGGAGUCUUGCUUUGACCCUGGUGUUGUUUUGAACGGGACGAGACUCGGAUCUGAUUAUAAACUCGGAUCCACUGUGACCUUCUAUUGUGAAGCUGGAUAUGUAUUACAGGGCUACUCGACUCUCACAUGCAGCAUGGGAGAUGACGGCAGACCAGGGUGGAACAGGGCCUUGCCGAGUUGUCAAGCGCCCUGUGGAAGCCGAUCAACAGGGACUGAGGGGACGGUUUUAUCUCCAAACUUUCCCAGAAACUACACCUCUGGACAGACCUGUGUUUACUCCAUAUCUGUGCCCAGAGAGUUUGUGUUGUUUGGACAAUUUGUGCUUUUCCAAACAUCUCUCAAUGAUGUGGUGGAGAUCUAUGAUGGCCCCACGCAGCAGAACACCCUCCUGUCGUCUUUGUCUGGCUCUCACUCUGGUGAGUCACUCCCUCUGAGUACAGGCAACCAAGUCACUGUCAAAUUUACCACAGUCGGACCAGAAACUGCAAAGGGAUUUCACUUUGUCUAUCAAGCUGUACCUAGAACAAGUUCAACUCAAUGCAGUUCGGUUCCAGAGCCACGGUUUGGGAAACGUCUGGGGAAUGAUUUUGCGGUAGGCUCUUUGGUUCAGUUUGAGUGUAACCCAGGAUAUGUCCUACAUGGGUCAACUGCCAUUCGCUGUGAAAGUGUCCCGGAUAACCUGGCCCAGUGGAAUGACACACUGCCGACGUGUAUAGUUCCCUGUGGGGGUGUCCUGACCGCUCGGCGUGGGACGAUCCUGUCGCCCGGAUACCCCGAGCCUUACGACAAUAACCAGAACUGUGUGUGGAAGGUCUCUGUUCCCGAGGGGGCCGGAAUACAGAUUCAAGUUGUGAGCUUCGCUACAGAACAUAACUGGGACUCCCUGGAUUUCUAUGAUGGUGCUGACAACCAUGCACCACGACUCGGCAGCUACUCUGGAACCACCAUCCCUCAGCUCCUCAAUAGUACAUCUAACAACCUCUAUUUGAGCUUCAGUUCAGAUAUCAGCGUCUCGGCAGCUGGAUUUCACCUUGAGUACACAGCUAUUGGCUUAGAGUCGUGCCCGGAGCCGCAGACGCCGAAUUACGGGGUCAGAACCGGAGAUCGGUUCAUGGUGGGGGAUGUGGUACAGUUCUCAUGUGAACAAGGAUACUCACUUCAGGGUAAUGCCCACAUCACAUGCAUGCCGGGACCUGUGCGCAGAUGGAACUACCCGGUGCCUCUAUGUCUCGCCCAGUGCGGCGGGUCCAUGACAGAUGUGAGCGGAGUGAUCCUAAGUCCUGGUUACCCUGGCAACUAUCCCAGUGGAUUAGACUGCACAUGGACAGUCAACCUACCUGUCGGCUUUGGCAUCCACCUCCAGUUCCUGAACUUCUCCACUGAGGCCAUCCAUGAUUACCUGGAGAUCCGCAGUGGCUCUCUGGAGACGGGCUCUGUGAUAGACCGCUUUAGUGGGCCCCUCCUCCCCAAACCUCUGUUCAGCACCACCCACCAGACCAGCUUCUUUUUCCACAGCGACUACUCCCAGAACAAACCAGGCUUCCACAUCACAUACCAAGCCUACCAGCUCCAGAGUUGCCCAGAUCCUCGUCCAUUUCGAAAUGGUAAUGUGAUAGGGACAGACUUCAGUGUGGGGAUGACAGUGUCUUUUGAGUGCCAGCCCGGAUACUCCCUCAUCGGUGAAACUUCUCUGACCUGUUUACACGGGAUCAGCCGCAACUGGAAUCACCCACUACCAAGAUGUGAAGCUCUCUGUGGUGGGAACAUUACAUCUCUGAACGGGACCAUCUACUCCCCCGGACACCCCGAGGAAUACCCAAACUUCCAGGAUUGUGUGUGGAGCGUCCGGGUACCACCUGGACACGGCAUCUACAUCAACUUCACUGUUCUGAACACCGAGCCCAUCUACGACUACAUUACUGUGUGGGAUGGCCCUGACCAGUCUUCUCCUCAGAUUGGGCAGUUUAGUGGGAACACUGCACUGGAGUCCGUCUACUCAACCUCUAACAUCAUCCUCAUCAAGUUUCACUCUGACUUCUCCGGGGCUGGAUUCUUCGUCCUGAGUUACCAUGCGUACCAAUUACGGGUGUGCCAGCCUCCUCCUGAAGUGCCCAACGCUGACACCCUGAUGGAGGACGGGGAGCUGGAGAUAGGCGACAUCAUCAGGUACAGAUGCCAUCCUGGAUUUUCAUUGGUGGGAAGUGAGAUUCUUACCUGUCGUCUUGGAGAGAGGCUACAGAUGGAUGCCCCACCUCCAACAUGUCAAGUACAAUGCCCUGCCCAUGAUGUGAGAUACGACUCUUCCGGGGUGAUCCUGAGUCCUGGUUGGCCGGAGAGUUAUCCGAAUCUGCAGAUGUGCUCAUGGAGUGUCACAGUGGAGAAGGGCUACAAUGUCACCAUCACCUUUGAGAGCUUCCACACAGAGAGGGAGUUUGACGUGUUGGAGAUCUUUGAUGGCUCCACCGCCAACAGCCCCACAUUAGCCACCCUGAGCGGAGACUUGCCCACGCCCUUUAACCUGACCACCUCUGGUCACCAGUUUUUGGUCCGCUGGUCCUCUGACCAUGGCACCAACAAGAAAGGCUUCAAAAUUCGCUAUGUUGCCCUUUACUGCUCCACCCCGGAUUCGCCAUUGCACGGGUCCAUCUCCUCUCAGAGCGGCGGCCAUGUUAACAGCGUCGUGCGGUGGGCCUGUGACCGUGGUUACCGUCUCAUCGGCAAUGCCACCGCAACCUGUAGAAGAACAGUACUGGGCUACCACGCCUGGGACUCACCUGUACCUGCGUGUCAAGUCUCUUACUUCUGUAACGACGGCUACAGACUCUCCAGUAAAGAGCUCACAUCUGCCAUCUGCCAGCCGGACGGAACAUGGAGCAACCACAAUAAGAUCCCACGCUGCUCAGUUGUAGUGUGUCCAAGCAUUGGUUCUUUCUCACUGGAGCAUGGCCGCUGGAGGAUUGUAAAUGGCUCUCACUAUGAAUAUGGAACCCGAAUCGUGUUUACAUGUGACCCUGGCUACUACAGACUAGGCCCCGCCCACAUCCAGUGCCUGCCCAAUGGGUUAUCAUGUGGUGACCUUCCUUCUCCGCCCAAUGGAAAGAAAAUCGGCACACAAACCACAUUCGGUGCUACUGCCAUCUUUACCUGCGAUCUUGGGUUCAUGCUGGUGGGCUCUGCUGUGAGGGAGUGCUUGUCAUCGGGUCUGUGGAGUGGAACCGAAACACGCUGUUUGGCCGGUCACUGUGGCAUCCCAGAGACCAUUGUGAAUGGCCAGGUGAUUGGAGAGAACUUCGGUUACCGUGACACUGUGGUGUACCAGUGCCUGCCCGGCUUUCGGCUAAUAGGCUCCUCGGUGCGCAUCUGUCUCCAGGACAACCAGUGGUCUGGACAGCUGCCCGUCUGCAUACCCAUAAGCUGUGGUCAUCCUGGAAGUCCCAUUUAUGGUCGCACUGUCGGAAACGGCUUCAACCUCAAUGACGUGGUGAGCUUCGUGUGUAACCGCGGAUACGAAAUGGAGGGGCCUUCCCGAGCUCAGUGCCAAGCCAACCGGCAAUGGAGCCACCCGCCCCCAACGUGUAAAGUGGUCAACUGCUCCGAUCCAGGAAUUCCUGCCAACUCAAUCCGACAAAGCAAAAUCGAACAUGGCAACUUUACUUUUGGGACUGUGGUUUUCUACGACUGUAACCCUGGAUACUACCUGUUUGGAUCACCUGUCCUCACCUGCCAGCCGACGGGCCAAUGGGACAAGCCCCUGCCAGAAUGCAUAGUGGUAGACUGUGGUCAUCCCGGCUCCCCCCCUAACGGUGUGCUGAGCGGAGAUAAGUUUACAUUUGGUUCAACGGUUCGAUACUCCUGUCUUGGUGGGAGACAGCUGAAAGGGGAGUCAUCCAGGACAUGUCAGCUCAACGGGAUGUGGAGCGCCCCCAUGCCCUUCUGCUCUGGCGACACAGCUGGCUCCUGUGGUGAUCCCGGCAUUCCCUCCCACGGCUCCCGAGAACAAACAGAUUUCCGGAUCCGCUCCAAGGUUUUCUUCAGCUGCGGCGAGGGCUACGAGCUGAUCGGAUCUGCAGAGAGGAUGUGCUUUCCCAACGGCACGUGGUCGGGAACGCAGCCCUUCUGUAAACCUGUCCAGUGCGGUAACCCUGGCACUCCCAGUAAUGGCCGAGUCUAUCGCUUGGAUGGGACAACAUUUUCACAUUCUGUCAUCUACUCUUGUAUGGAUGGAUAUAUACUCACCGGUGCCACCACCAGGCUGUGCCAGGCCAAUGGUACAUGGUCAGGACUUCAGCCCAACUGUACCAUGAUAAACUGCGGUGAUCCUGGUGUUCCCGCUAAUGGUCUUCGUUAUGGAGAAGACUUUACCAUUGGUCAGAACAUCACCUUCCAGUGCCAGCCCGGGUACAGAAUGGAGGAGGAUGGGUCGCCUGUGAGGGCAUGCACCCAGAAUGGGACAUGGAGUGGGAACAUGCCCAUGUGCUCAGCGGUGACCUGUCCCUCCCCUCCUGCGAUCAGUAAUGGCGUCCUCCAGGGCAGUGACUUUGAGUGGGGCAGCAGUGUGAGUUACAGCUGCUCGCCGGGAUACGAGCUCUCAUUCCCCGCGGUCCUGACCUGUGUGGCCAAUGGCUCCUGGAGCGGCAUGCUGCCACAGUGUUUACCAAAGUUUUGUGGCGACCCCGGGACCCUGGUCGGAGGAUUCAGGGAGGGCCGGAGUUUCAUCUAUCAGUCAGAAGUGUCCUUCACAUGUGCCCCUCCUCUUAUCCUCGUUGGAACGGCAACCAGGCUCUGUGAAAGUGACGGGACCUGGAGCGGGACUCAACCUCGCUGCAUUGAGCCAACCAAGACAAGCUGUGAUAAUCCCGGGACGCCUCGCUAUGGGUCGUUAAAUCGAACAUUUGGAUUCAAGGUGGGGAGUGUGGUGUCUUUCCAGUGCCAGCCGGGUCACUUGAUACAGGGAUCCUCCUCUCGAACCUGCCAGCCCGAUCUCACGUGGAGUGGGACACAGCCAGAAUGCAUACCUCAUGCGUGUAAGCAGCCUGAGAGCCCGCUGCACGUGGACGUAGUGGGGAUGGACUUGCCCGGCUUUGGCUACACCCUAGUCUACAGCUGUCAGCCUGGCUACUUCCUGGCUGGAGGUUCAGAGCAUCGAGUGUGCAAAAAUGAUGGCACGUGGACCGGAAAGAUGCCAAUAUGUCGAGCUGGAGAGAAGAAGAAACCAGUGAAGCCGGCCACAGGGACUCCCAGCCCCAAACUAAAUGUUCCAGACGAUGUUUUCGCUCCUAACUACAUCUGGAAGGGCUCCUAUAAUUACCGUGGGAGGAAGCAGCCUAUGACUCUGAGCAUCACCAGCUUCAACUCCAGCACGGGUCGAGUCAACGUAACCCUUAGCAACGGCAACAUGGAGCUGCUGCUUUCAGGAGUAUACAAAGCAUCAGAGGCCAGGCUGCUUCUACUGAUGUACCAGGUGAACUACCCAAACCAGGGAACCCAGGCCAAGAACUCUGCCGUUUCUCCUGCCAAAAUUAUAGAAGACUCCUGGACCAUGGACGGAUUUGUAUCUGCUGAGCCUAAUGGUUCCAGUUACGUGUUCCAAGGCUUCAUUCAGGGAAAAGACUACGGACAGUUCGGACUCCAAAGACUAGGCCUAAACAUGUCUGAGAGUCAUAAUUCUCCACCGCCUCAACUCGGUACCAACAGUAGUUCUGUGGCUAUCGCUAUUCUGGUGCCUUUCUUCGCUCUGAUCUUCACCGGUUUUGGCUUCUAUCUCUACAAACAAAGAACAACACCAAAAACCCAGUACACAGGCUGCUCAGUCCAUGAAAAUAAUAACGGCCAAGCUGCUUUUGAGAACCCCAUGUACAACACCAAUGCCAAGGCAGUGGAGGGGAAAGCAGUGCGCUUCGAUCCCAAUCUAAAUACUGUCUGCACCAUGGUCUGA